AUCAUCAGCCGCGAAAAUUUACACCACAGCAACAGCAAUUGUUUAGGAUUGUUUUUGUGACAUUUUAGGGUUUACAUUUAAUUAUCACUGUCAAAUCUAUAAGCAGAUGGUUUGAAUAAUAACUGAAGAGUUUUCUGUGACAUGUUAAAACGUCAGUGAUGUGUGCAGUCAGGUUUAUAGUGAUGUAUGUGGAUGAUUCUGUGGAUGUGUAUUAUACAGACGGACGCAGACUGCAGCUCUCACCGUGCGGCUCUGAAUUCAUCAUAGAGAAACACAUUUCACCCACCGCACACCCGCUGCAGGCCCGAGAGAGAGUCAGACAGAGGACCAGAUUCGCCAUCAGUGAGUAUAAGGUAUUGGUAUUUAAUGCCUUGGAGUUCAGAAACAAGUAUGCAACUCAUCCAUAUUUGCCAGAAGAGCUCAUAACCGUGGAAUUCACAAAGGCUUUCACUGAUGCUGUCACAGAGGUGAAGUGGCCUGCGUCAGACUCUUGUAGUGUCACAUGUGGGCCGCACGGCGAGAUCACCGUUUGCUCUGUAGAUGGACAUGCUAAACUCAUUCUGUCUUCUUCUGGGGAGGAGUUCACUAUAGAGUUUAUCUGUAGGUCCAGCCAAAGUCAAGCAGUCUCACAAUAUCUGCAGCCUCAAGGAAACCAACAAAAAAACACACGUUUACUGAGUAGCCCAUCAUCAAAAUCCUCCCUGGCUAAGGAUAUAAACUUCUCUAAAGCAUCAGCAGGUGCUCAGGUAGACCUUCUUGGAACAGAUGUAAAAUCCCCAGACACAGUGGAAUCAACCAGUACAGUGUCCAGAAAGUUGCACCAGUACACCAGAGUGAUCCAGCAGUAUUCACGAGCACUUUACCCACAAACUUGGCACUAUCCUCUGUCAUUAGCUGUCAGGUAUUGGGAAUCACACAAAAUUCAAAUAAAUGCUGUCACUGGACAAAACAAAAUAAGGAAUAUAGACGGAGAAGACAAAAAAUCUCACAAGCUUCCUGAUCCUUUGCCUCUAAAAUGUCCCUCACCUCAUCAGCACAGAUGGAGAUAUGAUGAUGUGAAUCCUGAUCUGCUGGAGCAGAUGGAGAGAGUCACAGCAGAGCUGGUGAAAGUGGUCUGGUGCAAAGGCAUCAUAUACCGGAUAAUUGAUGGUGUGAUAGCAGUAGUAGAGAUUUCUCCUGGUGAUGGUUCUGUCAUCCGAUCCAGUGGUGUCUUAGCCAAUUACUUCACACAUUACAAAGCUGGAGCUGCUCAGAGAGAUGCGGUGGAGUGUGUGUAUUAUCUAUGUGGGCUUCCACCUGACAUAUCAGGGCAGAUGUAUUCUGUCAGAUCAGUCAUCACUCGAGCCAGUAGGAUUCUGAAAUGCUACAUCCAGGCCAAAACGUCUCUGAGAGCUCCUGUCUCUUUUUACUGUUGGAAAGAGGCUGCAGUGUGUGAAAGUGUGAGUGUAGUUCAGGAGGUGACAGUGGCAGGCACAGGAUAUUUUAAAGCUCUCUCAGACGGGACUGCUGAGGUCUUGUUUCUGGAUGGAGUGAGGGCGCAAAUGACAUGGAAAUCUAACAUGUGUACACCUGUACAGGUACAGCACAGCUAUCACUGCAUAAUGGAGCAGAGACACAUGGCAGAAGCCAGGCCAUCUCAAAGAUGGUGCCAGCUCAAUUUGCCUGAUGGACACCAGACUCUUGUUCAAGUGGAGACAGACAAAACUUAUCAAAGGUAUGUGUCGGCAGUAGUGGAGUGGUGUGAUUGGAUAAAGCAGACAGAACAAAGCACAAGCGCAGAGGGUGUGGUUCUCUCAAACUCUGCCCAUUCUAACAUGCAUCAGCCAAUAACCUGCAGAUCUGUUGUUUCAGAGCUGGAAAAGAUCAAAAGGUUUAACUUUUUGUUGGAGAACAGCCCUGUCCUGCGUUCCACAGGAAAAUCUUUGAGCUGUGAGCAUUCUUCUGAUCACUCUCAUCACCCACUCACUGAUAACUGUAUUUCUGAGGCUCUUCAGAAGACAUCUAAAGCCAUACAGGACAUAAACACACUUCUAUCAGAGAGACCAUAGACUGUCUUAAUGGAGACCCAUGUGCAUAUACUGAAAACAAACAGGUUUAUUAUUUGAUACAAAUUUUUUUUUAUUUUUAUUUUUUUUAUUUUUUUUUAAAUAUGGAACGUAGUCAGAUGACAUAUUUAAUUUGACAUGAAUGAAAAAAAUAUAUUACUAAUUUAUCAAAUUAAUAAAUACUUGUAACUUUUUCAGAAAGUCAUAUUUUAUCAAUGCAAAAGUACAAAAUAAUAAUAAAUUAAAAAAAACUGAUUGAAUGGACUAUAAUUUUUAUUCCUCACAGCCUUGCUUUCAUGUGCGUCUAAUUAAAGGAAUACUUAAGAAUGAUGAUUCUGUCAUUAUUUACUCACCCUCAUGUCAUUCCAAACCCAUAUGCUGUUAUUUUUUCCAUGGAACACGAAAGAACUUUAGUAGAAUCUUCAUGCAGCUCUUUUCCAUAC